GACGAUGCGAGCAGGGAUGCUGCACUUCGUUUUUGGAAGCUUGAUGCCAUGCGGGCGCACUUCUCAGAAGAGCUCUGCUCUUAUCCAGCAGCGAGGGAUUUCGCGCGCUUCAUUUUCUGGUUUCUAAUCGGGAUUCUUGUGGAUUUGGGGUUGGAAGAGCUGUCCGCGGGCGGAAAUCUCUUUGAGCUCUUACAGUCGCUGUGGCUGAUGUGGCAAGCCAGCGCAGUGAUUGUUGCUCUUUACAUCAAGAACUGGUGGCUACUAGGCUUUGGUGUCGGGGGCGCAUUUUGCCUCCUGGAGCGGGAUGUGCGAGUUGAUCGUCCAUGGGAGAACUGCAUCAACGACUACUUGCCUUUGGCAUACAGCGUCAAUCAGAGAUUUGCGCAAUGUUUGGGACCGAUUGUGGCCUUGUGGUUUGUUUUGACAUCCCGCGCUUUAGACCGGCUGUAUGAAAUAGUUUCUCCCAGUGCGGACAUCAAAGAUAGCUGCAACUACAAAGCAUCCUGGAAAACAUGGAGGAAUGGCAUGUUGUACGCCAUUUUGGGCAGAGAUGUCGAACAUGAAGGUGCUUUGGGCUUUUUCAUGAGAUAUAAACUUCCCCGAGUGCUGAAACUGGCAGUUCGCAGGGAGCAUGGUGAUGAGUCGACUUAUCCUACUUUGUUGCUCAAUUUUUACAAAGGACAUCACUCCAUGAAGGUAGGAGCUCAACAAGAGGGCGGCCAGCAGCAUUCUGACUCUGAAGAUUCGGAUCCUGAGAAAGGAUGGGAGAAGGAACCUGACCUGGCGCCCUUUAUAGAGGAUGACGAUUCCAUCCGGGGUGAGGAUGUUGCAGUUGUAGUAGAGGCUGAAUUGAUGGGCGACACUGUGGCAUUAAUCUACAGCUCUCAGGGCCAUCAUCUUGUCACAAAGUUGAAGAGAAAUAAUGACAACACCAUCACCUUCACCGUGGACAGCAAAGGGCAGUACAAGCGUAUUGAUGAAGCCUUGGGGUCUCGAGCCAUACUCCUCUUGGUCUUUGGCCGCGGUGCCGACAACCGGCGCAAAAGGCCAAGGAAGCCAAUCCUUCUAGAAACCACUGCAUCUUCCUACAAGCGAGGCUCGCAACAUUUAGAUGCAAGCAAGAAGCGUGAAAAGGAAUGCUUUCGGAAGAGCUGUGUUGUUCCCACGGUCUUUUUGCAGGCUGCUGGUCCUGUUUUAAUCUUGCUUGUCCUGAUCCUGGUGAAUCCAUGGGGCAUCGGAGGCUAUGGAAGUAUCAUGCUUUUGAUUCUUCCAGACCUAGCCGAAGUGUUCUUGUACAAUCAGACUCAUCAAAGGGACGACCCAAUGACUGUGGGCAAUGAAACCACAUUGAGUCGGGAGCAAGAAGUGAUGAGCCGCUGGCAGCAAGGUUGGGAGUGCGUAUCCAAUCACAACUCCUUCUUGGCACGUUUGGCUCUGUGGGAGUCUACAUUUUUCCUGGGCGGCUGUACGCUCAUUUUGCUGGUCUGCUGCUGGCACCUCAAGGUUGCGGAUCAGUCGCUUGCUGCCCUGACGGAUUUGCUGCAUAUUUCGCAAAGAAGGGACAAGCGGAGUCAAGCAAUCUUGUUGUACCGGCUCCACGAGAUCCGUGCCAAGAUCAGCAACAAGAGGUGCUUGGAAUUCCAUGCCGAGAACGCACUCCCUGACCGUCUUGAACCUGAUCCCUCCUUUGCUUGGUGGUUUGAGACGCGUGCGGCGGUCUUUUCGGACAUCAAUCUGAACUUGGAAAAGCGGAAACCAAUCAUUUUUCUCUGCUUUGCUGGAGAGUUGGUGCUAAUCGUCCUGACGAUGUUGGCAUCUUUCUAUCACGAGGAGGACUUUGUGCUGACUUGCUAUGCAGCAGUCUAUGGUAUCGGCCUGGGAAUCUUCAUGCUGAUUUUCAUCUUCCUGGGUAGCCAGGUGAAUUGGAAGCUGCAGUCGGGGGUCGAAAAGCUCCAGAAGCUGACCGAGCAGCCUCCGGUGGGUUCUCCAGAAAGCUCGCCUCUGAGGGCGAAAGGACCAGAUCAAGCAAAUCCAUCAAGAACACCAGAGCAUGUGCCUCGAACACCAGCAGCGGAACUUUCAGUGCGGAAUCAGUUCCUGCGCUAUGAAGAGGAGCAUCCCUCUCGGCUUCAAUUCCUGGGCUUCAGCUUCAGCAUGAACUACUUCUCUGCCUUUGCCGCCCCCUUAGCCACAAUGGCUGGCACUGUGGGCUUUGGGAUUUUGCAGCAUACUUUGAAGCCUUACCUGAAGAGCUUGAGCUAG